UCACCAGGCACAACCCGUGGGCUCCGAGUCAACUGGGAUGACCGCUGGCACUGGGUCAGACAUUGGAUCGUCUGGCUGGACAGCGGGCAUCGGGUCACCAGGCAUCAGGUCAUUUGGCUCGACAGCGGGCACCGCGUCAUCUGGCAAGGCAGUGGGCUCCGAGUCAACGGGUAUGACCGCGGGCACUGGGUCAGACAUUGGAUCGUCUGGCUGGAUAGCGGGCACUGGGUCACCAGGCAUCAGGUCAUUUGGCUCGACAGUGGGCACCGCGUCAUCUGGCAAAGGCAGUGGGCUCCGAGUCAACAGGCACGACAGUGAGCACCGGGUCAUCAGGUACCGGAUUGUCUGGCUUGACAGCGGGCAUCGGGUCACCAGGCAUCAGGUCAUUUGGCUCGACAGCGGGCACCGGAUCAGGUACCGGAUCAUCUGGAUCAACAGCGGGCAUCGAGUCAACUGGCCUAAUAGGAUCGUCAGGCUGGAUCAGUUCAUCAUGCUGGGUAGAGAGGCAUCAGGCUGAAUGCCGGCGUCCGGCCGAGUAGAGGCUUCAGGCCGAGUAGAGGCUUCAGGCCGAGUAGAGGCUUCAGGCCGAGUAGAGGCAU